AUGGGAGAAGGAGUCUCGGAACAGGAGCAAAAACUGGCUUCAUAUGUUUGGAAUUCGGGAUUGAGAGAUUAUGGAAAUCCUAGGAAAUUGAGUUACAAUGCCAAGUUUAGGCCACAUUGCAACCUUGAAAGCCUGGCCAAGGAACUUGAACUUGAUUCUCAAAGCAACAAGAAUCCAUUAGGAAUGUGUGAGCUGAGGGGUUAUGUUACUGAUCCAAUCCGGGAUCCCACUCUGCAUUUGGCUAUUAGGUCUCCUAGUUUCCGAUCUGUAACUGUUUCACCAUCGUUCCGUGUCCAUGAUCUGACAGUUUUGAAGGGUACUGGUCAGGUGAACAGCACUCCGAGCCUAUGGGAUGCAUACUCAAGACUGUUAAGUGACCAAGCCAUGGUCCUCUCCCUGAACUCCAGCUUUGUAGAUCCCUUACUGCAAUUUGAAUCCCAACUGAAUAUAAUAGAGUCAUCCUUUAAAAUGGUAUUUGCUAUACCAAGUCUUGAGAAAGUGAGAGAAAUGGGAACCAGUGAAGAUGACAAAGAGGACUUGGAAAAUUUAUAUCAAAGUAUUUUAAACAUGUUUGAGGAAACUCUUCUGCUCUUAGUGUCUAAAGACUUCUACAAACUGCAAAUCUUAAAGGACAUGAUUAUGUGGAUGAAUGAAGAUACUUCGUACCUGCAGGAAAGAGUUAUGAUGAUCAUCAGCAGUGUGCUAAGCUUUGCAUCCAAGAAAGUCAAGAGAUAUGCAAGUAUUGAUGCUCCAUGUUUGGGUGUCCUGGCAGCAGAAUUGUCUCUUCUGUGUUUCCAUAAUGAUCCCUUAAUCACACAUCAAGCAUCCUUGGGAAUGUGUUACCUACUCUGGAUUGCAAAGUGUCAGAAUGAUAUUGAAGAAAUUAAAUCUACAGUGUGUAAUUCUGGAAAUCAUGGCCUCCUACCUGUUCCCUCUGAUACAGAAUUCCUACUAAUGGACUUGCAACAAGACAAAACUAAAAUUACCCAGUAUGUAGGACAAACCCUAAUGCCAUCCUUGCUGACUGACUUUGUGUGGAGUCUCCUGAUGAGACUCUCUUCACCCAAUUGUGUAACUGCAUUCGAGGCGUCAACCAUGCUGAAAAUGACUCUGGAAUAUCAUGCCCAUAAGGUCACCAUGGUGUCUAAGAUUGUGGAUGCUAUUUAUAAGCAAUUGUGUGAACACUCUUCUCCUGUCAUGAGGCAUACUUUGUUGCGGGUCAUCACCUUGUUGAUACGUACUUCACCGAAGAAGGUUAUCUUUCAACUUAUGGAUUACCCAAUCCCAGCAGACAACACUUUGAUACUGAUGUGGCAGGCAGCAGGCUCUGAGUCAAGGAUGGCCCCUCAUGUGCUGAAGACAAUCUUGUUGAUACUGAAAGGAAAGCCUGGAGAAAUGCAGGACAGCCUAAUGGAAAGAAGACGUUUCUCCCUAGAUACUACUAAUAUGAUGCCUGUAGCGGCAUCCCAGGCUCUGUGCACAUUGCUGCCUAUUAGUUCUUACAAGAGAGCAGUGGCCCAAUUUUUCCCCCAGCUCUUGAUGGCUCUCAUGCUUCAACUCUUCUACAGCAGUGACCUGAGACUGAUGAUUAAGGACAGGCUGUUCUAUGCCCGGGAUGCCCUGAGAGUUCUGCUGAAUUGUUCUGGACUGCAAAAGGUGGAUAUGGCUCUAAAGAAAAAGAAGUGCUGGAACCAGUUUUCCCAAGUGCUGUUUCACCAUCACGGGGUUUAUCUUAUUGCCAAAACUCUCAGUGACUAUAACUUCCCACAGUUUCCAGAGACCUUGCAUUAUCUCUACAAGCUCUCAGUGGAAGGUCCUAGACGGUCAGAAGACAGUGUCAUCAUAGUAAUAUUCUUCACUGAACUUCUGAAUAACUUCUUCAAAGACCCAUUCCCAGAAGAAUUUUUGGUUCUCUUCAGAAACUGGGUCAAUGAUCCCAAUCCUGCAGUUAGCAAGCUGAGCCUUAAGAAAAUUGCCAGUAUGGCGCCAGUUAUCAAUAAGGCACAAAAUGUCCGCAGCUUAUUAAUAGCCAUCUUAGAUGCCUUCCUUUCAAAAGACAAGACUGUUAUAAUUUGGGCCUUACUCACCCUUCGAAAACUUUUAGGAAAACUGAACAAGGUUACCUAUUCCUCUUUGUCUACUAGAAUUGCUUCCAGCUACUAUCCUCUGAUGGAUCAUAGUAAUGGAGGCAUUCGGAGUAUGGCCAUUUACCACUUUGGUGAAUUACUCAAGGAUAUGAGUCAGUACCCAUGGAUACUGAAUGAUAUGGUUCCUGGAGGCUUGGUGCCUCUGAUCCUGUUUUUGGAGGACACAGAGAUAAGAGUAGCUAAAGCAUGUAAAUACACAUUGAAAAUCUGUGCCUCAGAAUUAAAUUGGUCAACAGUGUAUUUGCUCAAGGACAAACAUUGCAAUUUUGAGCUGGUGGUGCUCAACAUCUGUAACAAUCUCCUUAUUUCUCAUGAAAGCUACAUUACAAAUUUGAUAUCUGAUACCUUGGGAUUCCUGAGAAGCUCCCGAAUAUAUCUGAGAAGAGCAUCAGUUAUUUUAAUAGGGUACUUGACAAAAUUAGGCAGUCAUUUACUGCUCAAAGAAGACAUUGAAGUCAUGCUUGAUGCUAUUGACCCAGUGCUUCGAGAUGAAGACCCUGUGAUCAGGGAGUUAGCAGAAAUUACCUACAGAGUCUUUAAGGAAAUAUCCCAUAAAUUGACCUCCUCAAAUUUUAAACAAAUCUUCCGAAGAGUAUUUAACCUUAUAUACAUAAAAAAAGUGAAGCCUCUUUAUAACUAUAACUGGCCUGACAACCUGGCAGACAGUCCUCUGAAGAUUAAGGAAACCAAGAAUGACAAGGAACUCCUUCCAGAUGUGAAUUAUGACUUAUUUGGUAAAGAAUGAGAAGUUAUUCUCUGACUUGAAGCAUAUUUCAGAAGAGAAAUGAUUUUCCUUUCCCUCUUGAUAACUUGAGUCUAUAUGCACAUGCUUUUCUGAAGGGUGCUAAAAGCCUUUCCUGUCACUGAAUUCUCUAUUCAAAUAUAGAAAUCCA